AUGGAUUACGGCAGCUGCGAGUACCUGGUCCCCUGCGGAAAAGACAAAUACAUCUCCAAGAAUGAGCUGCUUUUACACUUGAAGACGUACAACAUCUACUACGAAGGGCAGAAUUUGCAGCUGCGACACCGGGAGGAGGAAGGCGAGCUGGUCGUGGAGGGGCUGCUGAACAUCUCCUGGGGCUUGCGGCGACCCAUCCGUCUGCAGAUGCAGGACGACAACCAGCGCAUCCGCCCCCCGCCCUCCUCAUCCUCCUGGCACUCCGGCUGCAACCUGGGAGCCCACGGGUCUGUGCUGAAGCCCAGCACCUUGCCAGACAUCCAGGUCACGGAUACGGAGGCCACGCCGAACACGGAGGCUCCCGGGAGCGGUGCAGGUGAGCCGGGCUUGGAUCCGUCGCAGCCGGAGGAGACGCCGCAGCUGAUGAGGACGCGGAGCGACGUGGGCGUACGGCGCCGGGGCAGCGCCCGCACUCCCAGCGAGCAGCGGCGCAUCCGCCGUCACCGCUUCUCCAUCAACGGCCACUUCUACAACCAUAAGACGUCCGUGUUCACGCCGGCGUACGGCUCCGUCACCAACGUGCGGAUAAACAGCACGAUGACGACCCCUCAGGUCCUCAAGCUGCUGCUCAAUAAAUUCAAGAUUGAAAACUCAGCGGAGGAGUUUGCCCUCUACAUUGUCCACACCAGCGGAGAGAAGCAGAAGCUGCGAGCUAGCGAUUACCCCCUGAUCGCCCGAAUUCUGCAGGGUCCCUGCGAGCAGGUCUCCAAGGUCUUCCUCAUGGAGAAGGACCAGGUGGAAGAAGUCACCUAUGACGUUGCUCAGUACAUCAAAUUCGAGAUGCCUGUCCUCAGGAGCUUCAUCCAGAAGCUGGAGGAAGAGGAGGAUCGUGAAGUGAAGAAGCUAAUGCGCAAAUACUCCGUCCUCCGGCUGAUGAUCGAGCAAAGGCUGGAGGAGAUUUCCGAAGCCGCCGGCCCCGUGUUUUCCAGCCCAUUGAAGCCGGUUUAUCCCUCCCAGCGCAGGAGGGGUACGAGUGACGUUGACUCCGCUUAUCGAAGCUUUAUCCGCUGGGAAAAGUCCGAUGUGAGUGGAGCCCGGCGGGCGCAGACGGGAAGAACCACUGCCGGCGCGGCACGG